CCCACCCCCUCCCACAUCACAAUCACCAUCACCUGUCCGCAAGGCCACUUCUCUACACUACCUCCAUGAGUACAAGAAAGUUCCCCGUCCAGCUCGAUGAGCCUUGGGCUGUGCUCCUUGAGUACCCUCCCGAGGUUGUCAUCCAAACGAUCUCCAUCAGAGAGCAGUUCAUCGACAUCAACGCCGUCGAUGUUCAAAACAUGAAUGAAGAGAGGUUCCGCGUUUGGAUGUUGUCAAUCGUCCGGAACACUACUUGAAUCCUCGAACCGGACCCACGAGCCAGGGCGCUGCUUCCGACCAGCCCUGGCCUCGUCCCCCCAGCCCGGCGCCCUCACCAGGCUGCCCGUCGUGAAGAAACACGAGCUGCCUCAGACCUAUGGUGCCGUGCCAGCAUACCGCGAAGAAUUCUACGCCAGGUGGUGCCAGGCACUGAUGUCAAACUCCUCGUCGGAGACCUACAUCCGAGAUGUCAGCCGUCGCGCACGCCCGGGAAAUGCUCCUCGACGCGUGUUGGACGCUCUGCCAAGCAACCGCAAUGACUGCGCUUCCCGCCUCUUCCCUCUGAUCUACGACGAAGCCUGCUCCCCAGAAUUGGGUGGCAUGCUCCCGACGGGAUGGAGAGUUGGCUGGAUGACGGCAGAGCUUGCAGUCGGUCCUAGGUUUUGUGGCUUUUGCUGGAUUGUUCUCCCGCUGUGCAACAAGGACUGGCGCGAACGAUGCCCGCUCGCCUGGAUCCUGCUCGAUGAGUACCUUGAGUUCAACCAAUGCGUUCACUUGUUUUGGUCAAGCUCCUACUGAUGGGCGAUCUCCUUCCCUCCUCGUUCGAAACAACAGCAACUGCCCUCGAAGAAGGACAGCUGGCGCAAUUUCCGAAUAGCGCUGGCUCGUCCUCAAUGUCGGGCAUUUUGGUGUGGGGACCUUGGAGUGCGGCGGACCACGAUGAAAGGGGACAUUGGCAAGGGACUGUUUUGAUAUGGGAGGCAAGGCACUGGCAUCUCCUUCACAGCCGUGAAGCCAAGAUAAUUGAAUCUAUCAUCAUACAAAGAUAGCUUGUGUCUAGCAAUAUAUGAGAGAGAGGUUCCAAACGCUGCACACGGGACAGUCAACAAGUUCCCGAACCUGGCCUAGCGCAACCAAGAUCCAG